CCAUCAUCAGUAUUUGGAGUAGUGAUUUUGGGAGUUGGCCAGCGAGUUCGAGUCUAGGCGCCAGAUCAAUCCCUUUCGGAGUCCUCUAGCUCUGUCGAUCGACCGAUCUUGUUCUGAUCCUGGUGUGGUGUGGAAGGACAAGUGUUCUAUAUGAGCUAGCUAGCUCUAUUGCAUAUUGAUAAGCAGAAAAAGUGAAGAAUGGUGAAUCAACGCACUUUUAAGGUGGUGGUAUUGUUUGUUUUGCUUGGCAGUAUCGCAAUGCUAUCGUAUUUUCCAAGCAUACGCUUCACCUCGACCUCGGCAUUGGCAAGGCCGUAUAAUAUGCCUUUGACAAAACUCUCCACGGUGGUCACAGCUAAUAUUACUGAACACUCAAAGGAGGUGCCGACUGAGCAGGUCGAUGCUAUUGAAACAAAACCCUCUACGAUGGUCACAACUAAUGAUAUUGAGCACUCAAGGAAGGUACCGACUGAACAGGUCAAUGCUAUUGAAACAAACCUCUCCACGGUGGUUGCACCAACUCGCUUUAUCUAUCUAACACAAACAGAAAGCUGUAUUCCAACUUAUCUAAAGUCUCCUGAAGUGAUUGGUGACUCUGAAGCAUGUCAGUGUGAUGUCAUCAUCCUCAGUUACAAGACGAAGUGCGCUGACACGUCAUUGCCUCAUGUCCAAUACAUAUUCAAUUCUAGUAAAACCUGGACUACCGGAAGAAACUUACUUUACGAAACAGCCAAAGAAAGGAAAGAAAAGUACAUCCACUACAUUUUCAUGGACGACGAUGUUCAACUAAUACCAGUAGAUAAAAAGAGUAGACAGAAUCCAUUUAGGAUGUACGAGAAAUCUCUCAAGACCUUUCAACCCGCUGUAGUUAUCAUCCUUGAUUAUUCCGGGCGAUGUAAAUUCCCUAAAAAAAUUAUUUCCGAGCGAUCGAAUUGUGAAGUCACAGGAUACUUACAAAUAUAUAGAAUAGAUGGCCUCUUUAUUGCCUAUCACUAUCAAGCGAUAGACUACAUACUUCCAUACGUAUCAAAGUACGAUUCAGUGAGCUGGUGGUACUCACAAGAGUAUACAAACGUCAGGUUGAAUAUCCGGUUUAAUGGACAAGUAGUUACUGACCCUCGUUUUAGAACACCUAACGAUAAGCAUCGCGGUUACGUACGAAAGUAUCCUGGUCAGGAUGCCUUCAAUCUUUUUGUCGCUGACAUUCGAUCCGAAGAACCAGAAAAGUAUCGAAAUUCAGUUGAGCCUAUUUUACAGCAAUGGUUAACACUAAAUAUUACCUCAAAGUUUCUGUUGGGUCAACAAACAUGCAAACGUGAUCUCUCUGUACAUCCAUAUAGACCUUACGAGAAUCUGACUUAAAAUAUAAACUUGAUAAUUAUACCAAAACAAUACAUAAUUAUAUCAUAAUUAUACUGUGCAUUUUAUUUUUGCGUCACAUUCUUUUGCACGCGUACUACUUUGUGUACUUCUAUAUUAUUUAUGAACAUGAGAAUUAUUAAUUA